CCUCGCUUUUUUUUUUUUUUAACUUCUAGCAGAAGUGCGGAUGUGAGUUGCAUAUUGAUACGGAACAGGCCGUCGCUUUUCAGUUUUAGCAAUGCGGGCUUAGGAAAUGCUCAUCGUGCGGAGCUAUGAAUCCCGAGGAGCAGACGGUAACGUGGUUGAUUUCUUUAGGAGUGCUCAGCUCGCCCAAAAAGAACAUAGCAGACCCAGAGGAGUUCUUGAAAACAUCCCUCAAGGAUGGGGUCGUCCUGUGCAAGCUCACGGAGCGACUCAUACCGGGAUUCACACCCAAGUAUUCCCAGGAUCCGAGAACUGAAGCUGACUGCCUCGGCAACAUAAAGGAGUUUUUAAGAGGAUGCUCGUCGUUGAAAGUGGAGGGAUUUGAACCUGAGUGGUUAUACACUGGAGAGAAUUUUGGCAAAGUCCUGAAUACGUUGCUGGGAUUCAACUUUGCCACACAAGAUUGUGCUGCUGAGCGAUGUCCUAAGCCUGGAUCUUCCUCCCCCAAUCAGACGUCUUCACAUGCGCUGUCCUCCCUCAAAUCCAAAGGGUCUCUGUGUAGACAAUCUAAAUCAGUGGAAAUGUCUGAAAAUGGUGGCGGCGGGCAGGUGAUGGUGAAAGCCCGCUUCAACUUCAAGCAAAACAAUGAGGAUGAGCUAUCCUUCAGUAAAGGUGAAGUGAUCCUUGUCACGCGACAGGAGGAGGGAGGAUGGUGGGAAGGGACGCUCAACGGCAAGACGGGCUGGUUCCCCAGCAACUACGUCCGAGAGAUCAAACCCUGUGAAAAGCCUUUAUCUCCUAAAGGAAUUCCUCUGACCAAGAACUACUACAGUGUGGUGGUUCAGGAUAUCUUGGAGCAUGAGAGGGAGUUUGUUAAAGAACUGCAAACAGUGCUCACUUCUUACCUGCGACCUCUGCAAGCCAGCGACAAGUUAAGUAGUGGAGACAGCGCCACCCUGUGUGGGAAUCUGGAGGAGAUCCUCAGCUUCCAGCAGGGCUUGUGUUUAAGUUUGGAGGACUGCACCAAAGUUGCUGAGGGCCAGCAGAGAGUAGCAGGCUGCUAUCUAAAUCUGAUGAGUCAGAUCAGGAGCCUGUACCUGAAUUACUGUUCGAGCCAUCCCUCAGCGGUCUGCAUCCUUACUGACCACAGUGAUGAACUUGGUAAGUUUAUGGAGAGCCAGGGAGCAAGCACUCCAGGAAUCCUGACUCUGACCACCAGCCUCAGUAAGCCCUUCAUGAGGCUCGACAAAUACCCGACACUGCUGCAGGAGCUGGAGAGACAUGUGGAGGAAGCUCAUCCCGACUAUCCGGACAUCAUAAAGGCAACAGCAGCAUUUAAGAACCUAGUGGCGCAGUGCCAGGACCUAAGAAAGCGCAAGAACCUGGAGAUUCAGAUCCUGUCAGAACCAGUCCGGGGCUGGGAGGGAGACAGCAUGAAGAGCCUGGGACAAGUGGCCUAUAUGUCCCAGGUUCAUGUGAGAAGUGGAAGCAAUGAGGAAAAGGAGGAGCGCUACCUAAUGCUUUUCCCAAAUGUCCUAGUUAUGCUCUCUGCCAGUCCCCGGAUGAGUGGCUUUAUUUAUCAGGGAAGGCUCCCGCUGAUGGGCACCACGAUAAUGAGGCAUGUAGAAGAUGCAGAAAACUCUCAUCAUGCAUUUGACAUCACAGGUAACCUGAUCGAUCGCUUUGCAGUAUUCUGCAGCAAUGCUCAAGAGUUGCAAGAGUGGCUGGAGCACCUGCAACCUUAUACCAAAUCAGGAAGUCCUGCCGGUACUAUUUCAAAGAAUAUUGAUGGGAAGCCACAGAGCACAGUCAGCACCCCUGCACACCUUCCCCACAUAGGUCCGAGCGCUGUCAGCCGUGGUCCCCUGGAACCACCAAAGACCAGCAAGCCAUGGACCCUCAGCUGCCUUCGUCCUGCACCGCCUCUCAAGCCCUCUGCAGCUCUGGGUUACAAGGAGAGGAUGUCUUAUAUCAUGAAGGACUCCAGUAAAAGCCCACGACCAAUGAAAAAGUUCCUGCCCGGCAACAGGAAGAAAGAACGCAAGCCCUCUGAUGACGAGUUUCAGAUAAGGAAAAGCACAGCUGCCCUGGAGGAGGACGCUCAGAUACUUCGGGUGAUUGAGGCUUAUUGCACAGGAGCCAGCCUUCAUCAGACCACCACAGCUGUGCGGAAAGAGUGUAUCCCCCAGGUCCUACUUCCUGAAGAAGAGAAGAUCAUUGUGGAAGAAAUUAAAAGCAACGGACAGACGGUGACAGAGGAAAAGAGCCUGGUUGAUGCAGUUUAUGCUUUAAAGGAUGAGGUUCAUGAGUUGAAAAAGGAGAAUAAGUGGAUGAAGCAGUUUCUGGAGGAGGAGCAGAAGUCUCGUAAAGAGCUGGAAAAGUUAGUGAGAAAGCUGAGUAAGCAGAAGAACGACUGUGGCUGGGAGGACAGCAACCAUUGAAACAGCCAACCGUCCUCACACCACAGCUCCUUGUUCACAGGAGUAGACUUUUUGCGUGUUUAUUUUUGUAUGCCUGUCUUCCGUCUUCACAUUUCAGUCAAAGUAAGUCAGACAUUACAGACGAUACUUCGAGUUUCUUUCGCCUCCAUCCUGAUGCACCGUUUGACAAUGUGAUGGAAUCCGAUCCGUCUUCCUGAUCCAGCUGUAUCAGCCUUGUUGCUCCUGCACAGCUCGGCUAAUCCUCCGUGUUUCAAGCAAUCUUCAGCAUAUGGACUGCAGGAUCCAUCCAGCUCAUGGAGCGAUUUCGGAAGAAGAGAGAAAAAAAAGGAAAUCUUUUGCUGUCUUUGAAAUAGAAAAGGAGUAAAAAGCCAUCGAGUCGCCCCACUGACAACGUUCUCCUCUAAUCAUGACUUUGUCACUGUUAUAUUUUAUCACCAUAGGGCUUCCUUGUUAAGAAGUAUCGACAAGUUUUUCAUGAAAAUACAGGAUUUUUAACAUAGCAAAGAUUCACGUAGUUUAUGUCUAUGGGAUUUAUACAAAGAUUUUAAUAAAAGCCAGACUCAUUUAAGCCUCCAAACGCAGCUAUAUGCUGUUUAUUUAAAAAGUGCAUGGAUGUACAGUUUUUCUACAUUAUGAAUUCUGCAUCAGAAAUGCGAUAAUCGCUAUAUACUCAGACAUAUAUAUAUAUAAUCCAAAGCAUUGCAUCUGCAUAAUAAAAUAGGAAAGACUUAACUGUACCAUCUGUUAUUAUUACAAUUGACAAAGAGGUAACCCCUCAUUAAAGCAUAAAGAAGAAUCGUUUUAACAUUAAAUACAUAACCUUUCUUUGUUUGAGGUUUUUAAAUAUACUCUAUAUUUAUUGCUAACCCAAGAAUUUAAAAUAUGAUAGAAGCCUUAUUUUUUACAAAGAAAGCCCUGACGUGUUUGUGUUGCUAAAGAGGAAAUAGCAAAUAAGUAGUUAUGUUUGCAUUGAGAAUUUAAAAGAUUUCUGUCUGGGAACAGAGGAAGUAAACAGAUGUUUGUGUGGAAUAUUGUUAACAUUUCCAAGUGCCUCCCGAAUGGGUCUGAAAACCAAAAGAGUUGAAGACCGACUGGGACUAAAUACAUGAAAUAUAUUCAAAGUGUCAAGCUUAGAGUUAUAAUGUUGUGUAUGUUGGGUUUAAAAAAAAAAACAACAAAAAAACAGCGCUUAUCUUUCUAUUUAAGGUCGUGGCCUCUUUCUGAGGACGGGCCGCGGUACAUUUCCUCAUGGGGGGACGAGCGUGUGAACUGGCUACACAGUUCUGUGGUGUCGCUGUGCUGCACAGAACUGAGUGAAUGUAACUAUAAUGCAAAAAGUGACUGCUUUACCGAGAGACGUCUGCAUUAAAACCAGCAGUGAUCGUUCAGAUUCAAAACAACCCGCAACACUGAGGACUGAAUUCAUUUACUACCCAACCCCCAAAAUAACGCUCCAGGCCACCAUUACUGUUUGGUAUUUUAUUUAGCUUUAUUCAAUUGAUUGUCUUGGCAAAAAAAAAAAAAAAAGAAAAAGCUGAGGUUAAUAUUUGUUCUCAUGCAAAUAAUCAAAACUGUUGAAUUUGUCUGCUGCUGCGUGGGAGGUGGCGGUUUUUGUUCUUUUUUUUGUUGUUUUAGUUUUCUUUUUUGUUGUUGCAUACACCUCAUUACAGAAACUUUGCAGCACUUUGUAGCGUUUGUCAGUUUGACGCUCUCUGGUCUGCAGAGGUGUAAAUUUGAAGCUGAAGAACAUCUGAGCUCACCAGCUAGAUCUUUAACUGUGGGACACUUUCAUCGGUGACGUUGCAGUGAUGCACCCCCACCCCUCUCUAAAUAAAAA